AUGUCGUGCUUCCCUGCGGGCGCCCUCAUGGGUAAGCGCUUACGGCAGUUGUCUGUGGAGAUACAGUGUGACGGGGAUUUGAAGGGAAGUGUUAGUCGUUUCCGUGGGACGGUAUGCGGUGGCGGCGGGAAGGAGCGGGAUGGAUUAGAUCACUGA